CAGGCGGAGCUCCUUGGUGAUCGCAAGGAGCGUCUGGAUCUGCGGCCUCACGCUGAUCAGCAGCAUCCACGGCCGAAAGUGCUCUGACCAGAAUCGCCGGAUCCAGGACGGGAACGGCCAGUCCGAUCCCCACAGCACCACCAUACACCGCGAGCGGCUCUGCCCAGAUCGAUCAUCCCGACACACAUGGCCACAUCGGCAUUGGAGGGGUCUGCGCUGGCUACCGGCAGACCCGAGGAGGACAUUGAGCCGCAGGCCAACAUGGUCGUCCUUCACCUCGCCGAGUUUUGCUCUCGACUUGUCGAGAUCGCGCGAGAGCUUCCCAGCCAGCCGCCCGCCCAACUGGAAAGCUUCGUGAACGAGAUGCUGCUGCCCAUGUGCUCAGCAAGCGAGUUCAACUACAUUAUUGCACAGGCUCUUCUCCAUCGGGCGAUAGCUCUCGGCACUGAAGGCCACACAACACUCUCGCGCGUCUCCGAAAUGUUGGAGGAGCAUGUUCACAUGAUAUAUAGCAACAGGUCGAAAGUCGUCCGAGAAACAGCGAAUUGCAUCGGCCCUCUUUCCAGAGAGGUAGGACUGUUUAUAUCGAAUGUGGAGACGUCAGGUCGGUUGUCACAGGGAGAUAUGCAGAAGUUUUCUGAGCUCUAUGUCAGCUCAUCGGCUUCCCCGAGCUUGGAUCUGGUACGGCGGGCAGAAUUUAUGGAUGCGCUGGUUAUACAUCUUUUCGGAGAAAUGCGGAUAUCCGAUGUUCCCAACGCCAGCGAAAAAGCUUUCAUAUUGGCAUUUAUCUCGAGUGCCAUUCUACUCCCAGACGGAUCGCUCGAUACAAGUAGGGUGGAACCAAUGAAGGAGCGAAUACUUGAACUUGGGGGAUUACUUGAACGCGUUACUAGCACCAUCGAGGUUAAAAAUGCAUUUCCAGAACUUCUACAAGCUCUCGAACAUCCGUUAACAUCGAUGGCAUUGCUACAUUGGAUUUCGAAGAUGCUGGAAGAUACUGGUUUCAUCGAGUCGGAUAUCAUGAUGGGUGACACGCCUCUCAUUUUCUAUUUGUUAGACGAGGCGACAAUAUUGAGGCCAUUCCAGCGUCCUCGCAUCUUUGAUAUCUGGACUCAAAAUCUUCGCAAGAGCUUCGAUGGAAAAGAUCCAUUGAUAACCUCAAGGUUCAAGGAUGCCUUCGUUGACCGAGUUCUUUUCAUGGCUGGUGCUGGCUAUCAAUCUCCGAUUAUCGAGUAUUUUGAAAAACAAUCAGAGGAAAUUGAUGAGACCGUGAUGACAUACUUUAUCAAGAAGCUACUUGAACGAACAGAGCCGCCCUAUCCACGAGAAAUGGCACUUUCGUUGUUGGCGAUGAUCAAUGGAUUGGACUCUAGGAGCCCACUGAGGAGACCCGAGUCGAUCGAUCAUUAUAGCAGAUUUAUGGCCGCCUGCGCGGAUCCUCUCAACGACCUCCCUCCACAGGCACAGGCAUUGGCCGCAGAAAUGAAUGCCCUUUGAACUCGUUGGCACAAUCUCGAGAAAUCCAAACUGUGGAGCCUGUCCGACGAAACCCCAGAUGCCGCAGAAUUGACAGUUUAUUGCGAAAGCCGAUAAAUGUUUUUCAAGAAUCCCAGGGCUCCACUCACUCAAUCGCGUGAGAG